AUGGAGCACUCACAAUCGCCAUCCACACCUUCGAGACAUUUGCGUAAGCGUGGUGGUAAACAGUCUCAACCGCAGUCCAGACUAGCUCACAAAGCAAAUUGGGAGUCUGACACGAUGCGCAUGUUCUUGCAACUUGUUAUCAAAGAGUUGGACUCAGGUUUCAAGGGCAGCUUCCAUACAAUGACAAUGCACGGAUGCAGGGCUAUCGCCAAGGCCUUCGAGGAGCGUACACAUAAGGUUCAUGAGGUGAAGCAACUGCAAAACAAGUACGCGUCACUGAAAAAGGAUUGGCAGUCAUGGUCACGCCUGAUGGACAGCAGGCAUGGGCCAACCGGCGUAAGUUACAAUGAAGCAACUGGUUUGAUACAAGCAUCCGACGACUGGUGGGCCCAUUAUGAAAAGAUUGACAAGAAUGCACUGAAGUUCAAAACGAAACCGUUGGAGCAUAUGGAGCUAAUGCGAAGGGUGUACGAAAGUGCAACUGCAACCGGGAAAUUCGCAUGGACACCAGGGGCAGGGUUCGAACCUGUGGCCACGGAGGACAAUCCGUUGCUGGUAGAUGAAGAAGACUGCGAAGACAGCAGUGGUUUGCCCCAUUUCCAGCCAUCCGCGCAGCAUGGACAAACUGUCCACCACAGUUCUGCGCAAGAGGAGGAUAUCCCGGUCAAUGUACAUGCUGCGGCAUCGGCAAUUCACGCUGAGGACAUCCCGGUCAGUGUACAUGCUGCGGCAUCGCCAAAUCACGCUGAUGACACACCUACGAGUGGCCAAAGCAAACGCAAAUUCAGUCGCACAACACACUCGCAGCGGAAAAAAGGGCAGAGUGUCGGCGCAUCGCUCUUGGCGAGUAGCAUGGAAAACCUUGCGUCUUUAGUUAAAUUACAACAACGAGAAGUCCGCGUGCAUUAUGAAUAUGGAGAUUCGGCCUCAGACUGCAUUCGCAAUUAUAUGGCAAGGUUGUACUCCCUACAAGGCUUGGACCGACAAGACCUACUAAUCCUUUACGGUAUGUCGCUAAUGGACAAUCCGGCAAAUCAGGCAAUACUGUUGUAG